AUGGGAAACGAUGGAGGAUCGGUAGUUAAGCGGAAAGACCUGGUUGUCAAGUCAGUAAGAGAGAAAGUAGACUUGGGGGAUCUAUGGUCGGUAUGCUCUUUAUCGGGGCGAGUGCUUGAAGACCCCGUGGUCAGUGACUGGCAGGGCAAGCUUUACAACAAAGAAGCCGUGCUUGAGCUGUUGAUCGGGGAGCGGUCUUCAGACACAUGCGACAUCAAAAGCAUCAAAGACGUUGCCGAGCUGAACCGCACCUUCGAUUCGACGUUGUGGGUUUGUCCAGUGUCCCGUCUCGAUAUCGUCAAGGAGGGCGAUGGCCGCCAUGUAGUCCAUAUAGUGACCUGUGGGCACUGCGGAGAAAGAGAAGCAGUGGUUGUUGGUGAAAAGUGUGUUGUCUGCGGCUCUGAUGCCUCUGAUCUAACAGUCGUGCCUUUGAACCCAAAGAGCCUCGACCGGGUGAAAUCUCGGCUGGAUCAUUUAAAGCAGAAAGGGCUCACCCACUCAUUAGCAAAAUCCCGUAAAAGACGGAGGACGUCGCAAACUAAAUCAAAACGGCUUAAAGACUAUGUACAAUAA